CUGUUGUGUCUCAGAAGCCUGCAGAGUCACCCGGUACAGCGCACGGAGCCGUGCUGCGCAGAAACCCCGACUUUACCGACCCAGAAGCCGAAGAUGAAGGUCCUCUAUCUAACAGCCCUGGUGGCCUUCCUCGCUUACCUCGACUCGGCGGCCGCCGCAGCAGCCGAGCCCAAGGUGCAGAUCUACAGCCGGAACCCCGGGGAGUACGACAAGUCGAACACCCUGAUCUGCCACGUCAGCGACUUCCAUCCCCCUGACAUCAAGAUCGAGCUGCUGAAGAACAAGCAGCAGAUGGAGGGCGUCAAGCAGAGCGACCUGGCCUUUGAGCAGGGCUGGCACUUCCACCUGACCCAGACCGUGCCCUUCACCCCCAAGAAGGGGGACAUCUACUCCUGCAGGGUGUCACACAGCACCCUGUCUGUGCCAAAGGAGUUCACCUGGGAACCUGACAUGUAAAUUCUGUCAGAGGAUCGGCCUGUGCACCUAAGGUGAAGAUCACGCCUCAUGUCUCAUGCAAUCUAUCUUUGUAAACCUUUAGUUUUUCAAACCCACUAAAUCUACUGAUCAUGCAUACAGCAACAGCUUAAAUUUCUCUGUGUAUCCUCAUGCAAACUUGUGCAUUCUCAAACGUGGUCUCCCCUGAUAUGAGGAGUGUCUAAAUUUCGUGAGUGGGUGGGUUUUGGGAGUUUGCUUUAACUGUAUGGAUUUCUUGUGCCUAUUUUUUUAUAACUUUUCAGGUAGAGAGUUGGUGACUUUGUACAGAUCAGGUUUACCUGGACUGGGGGCUAAACCAAUUUAAGUGAAAAGAUUGUCAGUAAUUCUGGCCCCAGCCCAGAUUUAGGAAUUUAGGGGAACGUCCUGGACCACCCAAACCAGGAAAUGUUAAAGGUUGAUUUAUGGCGCCUCGCGGACUGGAACAAGGUGAAUCGUAGACUGGAGAGCGCCAGUUCUGUCGCCUGGUGGGGUCUCUUUCACUGAACCACUGCCCGUAAAUCUACCUUUAACCACUGAUCAUGAACCAGCGGGUAGAUUAAUCAGACCUGAAGAGGAAAGAGCUUCAGCUAUAAAGAGCCCAUAGAGAGAUACUGGAUGUAGGGACUGUAUUGAAGAUCAAAUAAAUGGAAAAUUCUUAUCCUUGACAGCCUCCAACUAUUGAAAUACAGGUGUGUGAUGAUGCUGUAAAGAAUACAUUCUAAAUGCGACUCUAUUUAACCUCCUUGGGGUUUUCAAUUGCUCUGAGCACCAUAAUUCAAUUCAACUUUAUUGUCAUUAUUAAUAAUAAUAUUAAAGAUGUAGAAGUUUUAAAAAACA